AUGGCUUCUCAAAGGGAUGAGCGUGAGAUGAAAGCUUCUCCAGGAGGAGAUCCGUCAAGCGAUCUGGCAAGUCGUGUCUCUGUGGGUGGGGACAAGGAUGGUGAAGAUGACAGGCGAACGGACAAGCUAGAGCAGGUGAAGGAGUGGAAGAACCGUCUUGAUGAGUUUAUGUCGUAUACUCACACGGUACUUAACGACGUACUUGGCGAUACUCGGCCGGAUGCGACCUCGGAGUUGAGUAGCCGACCGGUAAAUUCUCCGUCAGGUAACGGUGGUAGUUGUUGCAGCCCUCAACAGCACACGCUUGGUGCCGAUCCGCCAUCAAUACAGAGCUCUUCGCAAACCGCCCAGAAAAUAGACGGGGGACCAAAAUGUGCAUGUAAAUCGCCUAACAUAACGAAUGUUGACAAAGCGGCAUACCAUGCGUUGACCGAGCCUCCCCGAAACGUCAAGGAGUGCAUGGACUGGUUGAUAGCCCUGAAGGGGAAGGAUCCUGAGAAGAACUUGAAGGCCUUGGGUGAGGCAGUCUACAAAUUUCUCGCAGACAAGCCGGUUGGCAAGAUGCAAGUGCCAGCUCUAGAGAAUGUGAAACUUAUUUCUAAAGAGUUCCUGCAGCAACCAAAACUCAAGUACUGGCGUCCCUCACAAAGGGUUCUGAGGAGAUUAAACCUGCCUUCGGAUGAAAAGCCUGGUGGAUCGGUCAGACGCCAGUUGCGUUACCGGCGAAGCGAUUAUGAGAACGUCAUACAGACCAUGGGUGCCAAACCUGAAGACAUCGCAGAGGAGUUAGCUGAUGUUGUGAGUGGUUGUGAGAAGUUCUUGAAAUGUAUCAAAAACCCCGGUCAGUACAAGUCGGCUUACUGUCCAGAAGCGACGUGGGAUGCAUCAUUCGCGAAUGACACAGAGGCUUGCGCUGUCAUCUUAGUGGGAAUUGGACCAAUGUUAUACGCGGGUACACGUUCUUUGAUUGAAGCGUGGUUGGACGCAUUCUGGAGAUGUCCACCGUUCAUUGCGUAUAAUCGUAUGCGAGAGCUGGUGAAAGUUCUGGGUUUCGUAGAGCCGGAAUGUCGCGCUAGCCCAAGAACUUCAGAUGUCGACAAGGCGUUGUGCCGUUUGGAUGACAAUGAAUUGUACACAGUAUAUGACCUCUCUGGCUUCUGGGCUUUCUAUUGA